AUGACAAUCACAGACUCGCGUAAAGACAUUGGGCAAUUGUUCAUGUGUGGCUUCCACGGCUUGGAACCCACAGCCGGCAUCAUUGACCUCAUUGAGAACCACAAUCUCGGCUCUGUCAUCCUCUUCUCUCGCAACAUUGAGUCUCCCGAACAAGUUCGUCGUUUGACACGCUCACUUCAAGACAUUGCUCGUAAAGCAGGACACAAGCGACCUCUCUUUAUUGCUGUGGAUCAAGAAAAUGGCGUUGUGCGACGCUUGGGGCAGAGCGGGACCUAUUUGCCUGGGAAUAUGGGAUUGGGUGCUCUUGGAUCAGCGACGGCAGCUAAACAAGUGGCCAAAGCAACAUCAAAAGAGCUACUUGCAUUGGGUAUCAAUUGGAACCUUGCACCCGUGGUUGACGUCAACAACAAUGCGCUGAACCCUGUCAUUGGAGUACGAUCUUAUGGCGAAGAUCCCAACGAGGUGGCAAGAUUGGGUCGUGCUCAAGUGGAAGGAUAUCAGGAAGGCAACGUGGCAACAAGCAUUAAGCAUUUCCCUGGUCAUGGUGAUACAGCUACAGAUUCACAUUUGGGCGUCCCAGUGAUUGAUAAGACACGCGAAGAAUUGGAACAAGUGGAAUUGGUGCCUUUUCGUCAAUUGAUGUCGACAGCUACUUCAAUCAUGGUUGCUCAUAUGCAAUUGCCACGUCUUGGUGCUUCUACACAUGUAUCAAGCUUGUCGCCUGCUAUUGUGCGUGAUAUGUUGCGAAAGGAUAUGGGUUACCAAGGAGUGAUCAUUACCGAUUGCCUGGAGAUGGACGCUGUCAAGGAAACGGUGGGUGUUCCCAAUGGCUCAUUGUUAGCACUACAAGCAGGCAAUGAUAUUGUGAUGAUAUCACACACAUACGAGUUUCAACGUGAUGCAUUUGCCAAGGUGGAACAAGAGAUCGAGACCGUGGAUGAAAUUGAAGCUCGUUUGGAACGUGUUGCCAAGCUCAAGGAUCGGUUCCUAUCAUGGGACAAUGUGUUUGAGGAUAUGCAACCACAACGUGAACAAGGUGCCGCUCUCAGCAAGAUGCUUUAUGAUCGUAUCCCUACCAUUGUACGCAAUCGUUCCAACGUCUUGCCUAUGAAGCCCAAGUCAUCAGAUCGCAUUUUAUUCUUGGCAGCACAUGUACCCACCACGCUUGCUAUUGAUUCAGAAAAGGAGCCUUUCAACUCUUUUUAUGGUGCUCUUCAGCAACAUCACGCCAAUGUCGAGUAUAUUAUUUAUGAUGAAAGUUCCCCCGACAUGUCCGACACAAUUAGCCAAGCUGAGUGGAUCAUUGUCGGCACAGCCAACGCCAACUUGCAUCCAUUCCAAGCUCGCAUGGUACAACUUGCUCACAACAUUGCCAAGGAUCGUCUCGCUGUGGUCUCAGUCAUCAACCCAUAUGAUCUCUCCGUUUUCGAGGACGUGGAUACUUAUGUCGUUACUUAUGAAUACACACCACCUGCACAUGAAGCGGCUGUUCGAACCCUCUUUGGUGCCACAACUCCCGCAAGCAGACUCCCAAUCUCAAUUCCCAAAUUGGCAGCAGCUGAUACUACGCCCGUAUUCAACAUUGAGGCUUACAACCAUGAGAAUCAUUUCAAAGGAGUGGUCAACUUGUGGAACGAUGUUUAUGGUGCCGAUUGGCCUUUGACGGAGGAAAAGAUUGAUCUCGUAUUGGCCAGCACGCAAAAGGGCCAACAUUGGGUAGCAACCGAUGUCGCUGGUUACGUGAUUGGUUUUGUGGCUACGCAGAUGGUUUGGGAUCAAGAGGCCAACAAGGAUACGGGCGAGAUUUUAUUACUUGUGGUGUCAUCUUUGGAGAGGAACCGUGGCAUUGGGUCUCAGUUGCACAAACAAGCAUUGACGCAUUUCGAACAACAUGAUCUUGCACGUAUACGAUUGGGCUCAGCAACACCACGCUUCUUCCCCGGUAUCCCACAAGGCGAUGCCAGCAAUGAAGGAUUCUUUGAACGACGUGGAUGGAAAUUGGACAACAUUGUAUGGGAUCUCAAGAGCAUGGGUGACGCUUUGAUACUGCCAGAAGGAAUCAUGGAUCGUAUGCAACGAGAGGACAUCCAUUUUGCUGCCAUUCGUCCCGAGGACAUUGAGCAGCUUUAUACUUUUCAAGAACGCUACUUUCCUUUUUGGCUCUCCACAUACAAGCAUCAUGCUGCUCUAGGUGAUUAUCAGGAUUUGAUUGUUGCACGUGAAAACAAUGACACCACUGGACGCAUUGUCGGCAGCCUUUUGGUACAUACGACCGGACAAUCAAACGCCAAACGCACGGAUUUGAUUUGGACAAAUGACAAGCUCUUUGGCCAAGCAAGUGGUGGUAUGGCAUGCGUGGGCGUAGCAUCCGAAGAACGAGGUCGUGGUAUUGGACUGGGUUUGGUGGCAUAUGCCAAUCAGCUACUCAAGAAACGUGGUGUGACAAAGGCCUAUGUGGAUUGGGUGGAGCUCCUUGACUUUUAUCGUCGAGCUGGUUAUGAGCCAUGGCGUAGCUAUCGCAUUGCUACACGUCAGCAGUAG